AGAGUCUCUUCUGUUUCGUUUUGUGAACCGAUAGAAUGGAAGCAGCCCAGCAGCUUCUCUGGAGUGGGAUGACGAAACAGUUGACCAAGGAUUCAAGGAAGAAGAGAAGCAGCAUCAGAUCCACACCUUUGACUGUACUAUAAAUAGCAAGGUAUGGUUUAAUAUUGUUCGGCCAAGAUAACAGCAAGUGGAGAUGUCGUCAUCCCCGGCAGUGAAGCUCAUCGCCUUCUUCGGCAGCCCGUACGCGCACCGCGCCGAGGCGGCCCUGUGCCUCAAGGGCGUGCCUUACGAGCUCCUCCUGGAAGACCUGCUGAGAACCAAGAGCGACCUGCUGCUCCAGCACAACCCCGUGCACAAGAAGGUGCCCGUACUCCUCCAUGGCGACCGCACCGUCUGCGAGUCCCUCGUCAUCGCCGAGUACGUCGACGAGGCCUUCGACGGGCCGCCGCUCCUGCCCACCGACCCCUACGACCGCGCCGUGGCCCGUUUCUGGGCGGACUUCAUCGAAAACAAGCUGACCAAGCCGUUCUUCAUGGCGCACUGGGUCGAGGGCGAGGCGCGGGAGGGGUUCGAGAAAGAGGGCUUGGAGCUGCUGGCGCUUCUGGAGGCGCAGCUCAAGGGGAACAAGUUCUUCGGCGGCGACAGGCCCGGCUACCUCGACAUAGCGGCUUCCAUGCUGGGUCCCUGGCGCAGCGUCGUUGAGGAGGUGACCGGAGUGACCGUGGCGAAGGAGGAAGAGCACCCUUCUCUCUGCCAGUGGGCCAGGGAUUACAGUUCCAACGAAGCUCUGAGGCCCUGCAUUCCGGACAGAGACAGGCUCCUCGCCUACUUCACGAAGAACAAGGAGAUGUACAGAGCUGGGGUCAGAGCAAUGCUGCAGCAGUGAUUGGGUUUUCUGCGCAAAUGGGAUCAGCAUCAGCUAUGGAUCAGAUUAUUGGGCGAAUGGCAGAAUAACAUGAAUUAGCGCAUUUAGCUUAGAAGGAUGCAUUGUGCUAUUUUGAAGAGCACAAGAAUUCUGAACUCAUCUAUAUGCUGGUGAGUUACUCAAGUCAGAUUGUAAUGACGUUGUUAAUUAUAAUUAAUAAAAGCUCCACCCUUUGCCUGAAAAAGGCCCAGAGAUA